AUGGAUUCCGAAGAGCGUCCUGCGAAGUUGCGCAAGCUAGAGCAUGCGGAUAGCAUUGAGGAUGUGGCAGAAGCACCUACAAUUCCGACACCAAACGAACAACUACCUGUCGCAGCGGAAAACAGCAAUCAAGCCGACGCCGUAGAAUCUGUCGGAACACCGGCUGGGAGUGAGAAUGCGGAGCCAAAGCUAUCAAAAAACCAGCUCAAAAAGCAAAGGCGGCUCGAGCGCUGGGAAGCCGGCCGCGAAGAUCGCAAACUCAAGCGAAAAGAGAAAGUCAAAGAGAAGAAAGAGCGAAGGCGAGAAGAGUGGGCGCAGAUGCCUACCGACGAGAAUGGCAAGAGACCAAGGCCGCCAGCUUCGCGACCUCCUCGGCAAGCAACUGGAAAACAAGUACCAAUAACAGUAAUCUUCGACUGCGAUUUCGAAGAGCUGAUGUUUGACAACGAGCUCAAGAGCUUGGGACUUCAGAUUACGAGGUGUUACAGCGAUAACCGAAAGGCGAACUUCAGGACCCAUCUAGCUUUGAGCAGCUUCGGUGGAAAGAUGAAGGAGCGUUUCGAUGGCAUUCUAGCAAAGCAGUACACGAGUUGGAAGGGGUUCCAGUUCUUCGAAGAAGAUUUCGUUGAGGUUUCCGAAAAAGCGAAGGCGUGGAUGUCAGGGCCAAACGGGGGAGAAGUUCUCGGCGCCUUGAAGACAUCAGCAGAAGCCACUGGAUCAGGCGAUCAAGAACAACCUGAUGCUGCAGCAGAGGAAGGCGAAGUCGUCUAUCUUUCAUCUGAGUCUGACAACGUUCUAACUCACUUGAAGCCCAACAGUACAUACAUUAUCGGUGGACUGGUUGACAAGAACCGACACAAAGGCAUAUGUCACAAGCGCGCCGUGAACCGUGGGAUCAAGACUGCAAAGCUACCUAUUGGCGAAUACCUCGAGAUGAAAAGUCGGCAAGUCUUGGUCACGAACCAUGUGCUAGAGAUUAUGCUCAAGUGGAUGGAGUUUGGGGAUUGGGGCAAGGCGUUCAUGGCGGUCAUGCCCGAAAGAAAGGGUGCUAAGCUUAAGAGCGAUGGAGACGACGAGGAAGAAGACGCAGAUGCUGCGGGAGAUGAGCAUUUGGAUCGAGACCUCGCAGAAGCGACAAAGGAGGCAGACGCCGAGACUACAUAG